AUGGGACAAGGCCACGACGAUGAUGACCUCUUCAUCACAGACGAUCUCUCUAGUCCCGAUGACAAUAGUGACAACACCAUAAGAAGAAGCCUUAGAGGUCUUGACGACCCACGAGAAAGCUGCAGAAGGUCACUCGACAAGGCUAUAACAACAAUCGAGACUAUGACGACCUCUUCAUCGCUGACGUUCUCUCCCUCGACCCUGAAAGAAAUGGUGACAACCGAGCAGGAUACACCGAUGGCGUACUAG